AUGCCCGGGGAGAGGGAUGGCAAGAAGGAGCACCACAGGGAGGGGAAAAAGCGAGAAAAGCAAAAGGCUCCCGUGGACGACGGUGACGAGGACGAGAGGCCACGCUCGCGCAGUUCAAGAAAGGACGAGCCAAGGAGCAAAGCGAAAAAAUCCGCUCGGGAGUCGCCGAGCAGGGAUCACUCGCGGGGCGACGAUGCUCCCGCCGAUGAUGCUUCGGAGCCCGAGGUCGAAAAGAAGAGGCGGCCGACGGGUAAGGGUGAAGGGGAUGCAAAAAGCAGGGAAAAGAAAAGGCUUCCUCUGGAUGAGGAAGCCAAAACAGCAGCAGCAGCAGCAGAUAAACCCAAGAAGAGGGAGAAAAAGCAGAGUGUGGAAGAGCACGUCGAGGCAAAGCCUAAUGGCAACGUGGAGGAGGAGUCUGAGAAGAAGCCCAAACGUAGGAAAGUGAGGGACGAACAAGAGAAGAGUGAAAGUGAACCACCAAAGAAAGACAAGAGGCAUGGCAGGUCACACGACGAUCAGGCAUGAGACGGAG